CAAAGCACAUGCACCGAGAGCAGUCAGCGACCUCCCCCUUCCGCUCUACCUGAACUCUUGAAUCUGAAAAGAGAGAGAGAGAGUCUUGCUGGAAGAGAAAUGGGAGCAUUUAUCAAUCUCGACGAUUCUCCGAUGUUUCAGAAACAGGUGCAUUGUUUGGAACAUACUGCAGAGGAGCUAAAAGAUCGCUGCCAAAGGCUGUUCAAAGGGUGCAAGAAAUUUAUGGAAUCUCUGGGAGAAGCAUGUAAUGGAGACACUGCCUUUGCAGACUCGUUAGAAGCAUUCGGUGCUGGCCAAGAUGAUCCUAUCAGUGUAUCCAUAGGAGGUCCAGUCUUAUCCAAGUUCAUUUCUGCAUUUCGUGAGCUUGCUACUUAUAAGGAGCUUCUUCGUACACAAGUAGAGCAUGUUUUGAUUGAUCGUCUCACACACUUUUUGUCUGUUGAUCUGCAAGAGGCAAAGGACUCCCGUCGACGAUUUGACAAAGCUAUAAAUGGUUAUGAUCAGGCCCGAGAAAAGUUUUCAUAUUUGAAGAAGAGCACAAGGGACGACAUUGUGUCGGAACAAGAAGAGGAUCUACAUAACUCAAAGUCAGCAUUUGAGAGGAGCCGCUUUAAUCUAGUAACUGCUCUAAUGAAUGUUGAAGCUAAAAAGAAAUAUGAGUUCUUGGAGUCUUUCAGUGCAAUUAUGGAUGCUCAUCUGAGAUACUUUAAGUUGGUGCGUUUCUCAAAUUGUAAGGGAUAUGAGUUGCUAAGCCAGUUGGAGCCAUUCAUUCACCAGGUGUUGACAUAUGCGCAACAAUCUAAAGAACUGGCCAACGCCGAGCAAGAUAAUCUUGCAAAAAGAAUCCAAGAGUUCAGAACACAAGCAGAGGUGGAUCAGUUACGAGCUUCCAGUAAUGUUAACGCCUCAACAAGUGCUGUUGGCAUAAACGGUGUUGGAAUGAGUUCUAACAAAAUCAUAGAAGCAAUUAUGCAGUCCACUGCAAAAGGGGAGGUCCGAACAAUCAAGCAAGGAUAUCUCUUAAAACAUUCCUCCAGCUUGAGGGCCGAUUGGAAGAGGCGAUUCUUUGUCCUCGACGGUCAUGGGACUUUGUACUAUUAUAGAAAUAAGGGUGCCAAACCUGGGGCCUCCCCCUCAUUUCAAUCAUUUAGUUCAAUGGAGCAAAAUAGUCGGGUAUUUGGAAGAUUUCGGCCAAGGCACCGUAGGACAUCAUCUCUUGGUGAGGAAAACUUGGCUUAUCGUACUGUUGAUCUUCAAACUUCGACCAUAAAAAUUGAUGCGGACGAUACAGAUCUACGGCUUUGCUUCAGAAUAAUUUCCCCCUCAAAAACUUACACAUUGCAGGCUGAAAAUGAAGCUGAGAGAAUUGACUGGAUGAACAAAAUCACAGGAGUUAUUGCGUCACUAUUGAAUUCUCACUUGCAGCAGCUUCAUACAGGGAGAACUGAUAUGGAAAAUAACAAUGCUCGUGGUGGCGUUUGUUAUGAUGUUCGAUUACUUGAUGACCACGGAAACUUUCCUGAUGCCAUGAAAGUUAAUGAACUGGCCAGCGUAUCUAAGGUUCUGAGAGAAAUUCCUGGAAAUAAUCUUUGCGCGGAAUGUGGUUCUCCUGAUCCUGAUUGGGCAUCUUUAAAUCUUGGCAUUUUGAUGUGCAUCGAAUGCUCAGGCGUUCACCGGAACCUUGGUGUUCACAUCUCAAAGGUCAGGUCUAUAACAUUGGAUGUCAAGGUUUGGGAACCUACUAUCUUGGAUUUAUUCCGGAUUUUGGGCAAUGCUUAUUGUAAUUCUAUAUGGGAGGAGUUGUUGCUACCUGAGAAUGACAGAACAGGUGAAUCAAAUGCUUUCUUGUCAAUUACAAAACCAGGGCCCACAGAUGCUAGUCACCAAAAGGAGAAGUACAUUCACGCUAAGUAUGCAGAAAAACUGCUAGUCAAUAAAGCAGAAAGGGCAUCUAGCAUUCCUUCUCUUGCUGCUAGCAUUUGGGAAGCAGUUAAGACUAAUAACUUGCAGGAAGUGUAUCGCCGUAUUGUGAGAUCAGAGGAGAACAUCAUCAACACCACCUAUGAUGACGUUGUCAGUGUCAAGUUGUCUCACCAUGAUGGUGAAGACGAACCCAACGAAGGCUUUCAUGCUGCGCAAAAGAAACAAUACGAUCCAGUGGCCUGCCAGAAAAUUAAGGAUUUCAGCAAGCCUGAAGACUGUCUUCACGGAUGUUCGUUGUUUCAUCUGGCAUGUCACUGUGGCAAUCCAGUGAUGCUUGAGCUGUUGCUGCAAUUUGGUGCAGACAUAAACAGGUGUGACUACCAUGGAAGAACUCCACUGCAUCAUUGCAUUGCCAAAAGAAACAACCAAUUGGCCAAGUUUCUACUUAAGAGAGGCGCGCGUGCAUCGAUCAAAGAUGGUGGGGGCCUAGUUGUGCUGGAAAGGGCUAUGGAGAUGGGAGCCAUAACUGAUGAGGAGCUUUUUGUUUUGCUUUCCGAGUCCUAGCAAUAACUGAUGGGAGCCAUAACUGCUUUGAGUAUAUUUCUCAUUACAUUUAGUAUUACUGCUCCAGUCUUUUGAUUGUGUGCUGCACAUUGGAUCAAAAUCCAAUGCAUAUCGACUCUCUAUGCGAGAAAGGUUGCAAACUUUAUAUAGUGUACACGGACAAUAUUGGUUCUAAUUUCUGUCUGUGUUGUUGAAAUCUGGGAAUGGAAAAGUCCAACUAUACAAAAGCACACCGGGAAUCUGCUCGCUGAGUGGUGAAUUGUUUGAUCUACCGUGCUGCUUAUCUUGUGAUUGUGUUAUGUUGUAGUAUAUGUACUACAUUGGGAUAUAUUUGCAUUAGUGUGGGAGAGCUUUUUGUCCUUGCAAUGUCAACACGUAAUAAGCAUUUCAACGGACUCCAGAUGAAGCUAUUUAGAAGGAUGUUUCUUUGAAGUCAUUUGUUAUCAGCUUGGUCAGAUGUUACCACGCGGGGAAUCUGCUCGCUGAGUGGUGAAUUAGACUCUGCUUAUCUUGUGAUUGUGUUGUGUUGUAUUGUAUUAUGUGCUACAUCGGGAUAUAUAUGCAUUAGUGUGGGAAAGCUUUUUGUCCUCGUCUACGUAAUAAGCAUUUCCAUGGACUCUGGAUGAAGCAA